AUGGCACCGGUCAAACGGUUGUCGCCUGCCGAGCGGGCGCCCAGCGGCACGGACCGCAGUGACAGCCCACCCCUCAAGGAACUAAGUCCCUCAGGGCCACGCCUGCUGAACCGCGACGAAGUUCCCUCGUGGUAUGCUCAGAACCCAUAUAUCCGAUCAGGUUAUAGGCCCGUGACGCCAUCGAUUCCUCGAUGUCUUAGCAGCCUACUCUACCUUCACAACGAAACGGUGAAUGUCUUCUCCCACCUCGUCCCGGCCACCAUAGCUUUCCUGGGCAACGGGCUUCUCUAUGGUUAUUUCUUGACUUCCUUUCCGAACGCUACCUGGACCGAUCGGCUCGUUUUUCAUAUCUACUUGACAACCUCGGUCCUUUGUUUCGGUAUCUCAUCUGCAUAUCAUACCUUUCUUUGCCAUUCGGUCCAUGUCGCAGAUGUAUGGGUUCGCUUGGACUACGUUGCUAUUGUAUUCCAGAUCCUUGGUUCGUUCGUCUCGGGGAUAUACAUUGGAUUCUAUUGUGAACCACACCUACAAAAGCUUUAUUGGUCCAUGAUUGGCACUUUGGGCUUCUUGACCGGAUUUGUCGUGGUGCAUCCCCGCCUUCAAAGCCAAAGGUGGAGAUUAUUGCGGUUAUCAACAUUCGUGGCAACGGGACUUUCGGCAUUUGCUCCUAUCAUCCACGCUGCUAGCAUCUUCCCUUAUCAGCAGCUGGAUCAACAAGCCGGAUUGCGAUAUUACUAUCUUGAAGGACUUGUCAUCGUGAUCGGAGUUUUAUUUUAUGCGUACGCCGUUGAGCCGUUUGAAUAUAAGUUUCAUUUAGAUUGGCCGGAUGCGCCCGACAAUCCCAUUGUUAUUCCCACUUGCCACGUUUUUCUCUCUUUUAGUCCAACCGAAAUCAUGGCGGAAAAAAUUGUUGUUGAUGCCAACUACUACACUCUGACCCAGGACUGGGAACCUGAAGACUUUCAGUCGGAAACUACUUCUAUCUCCUCGUCAAUCGCGAAGGGUCGGCUGGAAAAUGGCAGACGGUACCAGGCUAUGAAGGAAGAUGACUAUUGGAGUCCUUCCGAUGAACAGCAAUUCGAGGCUUUUGAGAUUGGUCAUAUGAUGUUUAUGGUGUUAGACCAUGAGAGAGAAAACCCUCUGCACCACGCUCCCAUAGGCAAAUCUCCCCAGCAUAUUCUGGACAUUGGGACUGGCAAAGGGACAUGGGCUAUUGAUAUGGCGGAUAUGUAUUCGUCUGGUACAAAACCCAAAUUAUCCUUGUCCCUAUUAUCUCACUCUAACAACUUCAGCAACUUGGACGAUAUCCUCCGCGAGUGGACCUGGAGAGAACCAUUCGACUUCAUCCACAUGCGUCUAAUGCUGGGAUCAUUCACACCCGAGGGAUGGGAUCAACUAUACAAGCAGUGCUACGACGCUCUUACCCCAGGCGGCUGGAUCGAACAGGUCGAACUAGACGUGCGGGUAUACAGCGACGACGGCAGCCUAAAAGAAGACAGCACUCUAGCCACAUGGGGAGAUAAUUUCAUCGGCUGCUCCGAGCGAGCCGGCCGCUCCCUCCUAACACAAGAGACGAUGCGAGGCGCGAUGGAGAAGGCUGGUUUUGUCGACGUGCAAGAAAAGCUAUACAAGAUUCCUCUGGGGCCGUGGCCAAAAGAUAAGGUCCUUAAGGAGGUUGGGCAGCUUCAAUACGCUCACUGGCUUGCUGCGUUGGAGGGUUGGGCUAUGUGGCUGCUCACCAAGUUUGGUGCGCCCUCUCCUUGGAGUAAGGAGGAGGUUCAGCUGUAUUUGUCAAAUGUUCGGGCUGAGCUGAGGAAUCCUCGCACACAUGCUUAUGAACUUUGUCGUCGAGUCUGGGCUAGGAAGCCUACGGUGGAGGAGGAAAUGGCUAAUUUGGCAAUCAAGACCGAGCCUGAUGUUUAA